AUGCAUCACCCGACCAUCAUCACGAAUCUCAUCUUUUUCUCCACCGCUCCUCUCCUCUUCAACCUCAUCUCAAUCCCAUGCAUUCUCACGAAGAGUCUAACCGCCUCAUCCCUUCCAAUCCUCGUGCUUCUUCUCGUCGACUGUGCCUUGUCCGCGCUGCUUACGGUUCCGCUAUACGGUUUUCUCACUGAAUCCGGGGUUUACGAUGAAACAACAUGUGAUUUAUACGGAGCUCUUGACAUGUGCUUAUCACUUUGGCAGGUCUCCAUCGUCACAUUGAUCUCCUUUGAUCGUUACAUUGCUACACUUCAACCGAAAUGGGGUUCUUUUCGAAACAUUCAAACUUAUACCCGAUGUCUCUUCGUCGAAUUUUUCAUUUGCCUCUCGUGGUCAGCGCUUCCGAUUCUCGGCUUUGGACGUUAUUCAUCCUUCUUUAACGGCCAUAUCUGCUCACUGGAUUUCACUCUGGGUGAGUCUGGUGGAGCUAAACGAACAGGUAACACCAGCAUUGACGAGUACCACGAUUCGCAAGCAACCAGAUACAUGUCCCUUCUCACGGCCACUUUCAUCCUCUUCUUUUUGAUUCCCGUCUGUGUGGCUUCAUCUCUCUACUAUUCUGUAGCCGAUCACGUCGAUCGUUCCACAUCAGCCGAGGCUCGAGAAGAUCCAAAUGCAAAAACAACUCUCUACACUUGGGCUCCAAAUGGGCAUGUCACCAAGGUUGGACUUGGCUGUGUGAUCAUCUCCACUGUUCCCUAUUUAGCCUAUGCAUUUGUUUGCCUUGAUCCUUCAAGCUUUUCUUCAAGAGGAAUGGCAUUUUUCUUAACUCCAUUGAUGGUCAGUCGGAUCAGCACACUUCUUAUCCCGUUAUUUUAUGUUUGGGUAAAUCCCGAGCUUUUCGACAUCGAAACGAAAGUGUUGAAAAGACUACGACGUCGUCCACCACCACCAAAAUCCUAUCAAACGAUCAAUCUCAUUGCCGAUUUGCCUUGUCAAACCCUGCCCAUCCUCACCCCAACCGUACCACGUCGUCAACUCCCGCAGAUUCCUGCUCAUCUCAUUUCCCCUUCGCGCACCCCACGAAACACUUUACAUGUACCUGGAGAACAACGGCCGCUACUUGCU